AUUUUUUGCGGCGACAUCUUGCGACGUUUUCCGGCAAUUUUGCAAUGUUUUCUUUUCGCGAGUUCACGAAAAUUCCCAAUUUCUCGCAUAAAUUCACAAAGAACAUCCUCAUAAGUUCCCUGAAAUGUAGCACAAGCACCAAGGGAGCCCCCUACCUAAGCUAUGAUCGAGAUCCAGCUCCGCAUUUUUUUAGUGCAAAAGUCCAGAAACUCCUGAAAUCCCUGACACGACUGGACCUGGAUAAGGUUUAUAGGAAGCGAACAGUGCCUGAGAAUGUGGUUGAAUACAAAUUCAUGACGACAGAGCAGGUGCAGAAGGAAAUUGAGGAAGGCCUCCGGAAAGCACAGCGAAUGCUCCAAAUGCCCCCAGUUGUGGCUGUCAAGGAGCCCGAGUGCAAGACACUAUCGCAGGAUCCUGCCUUGUCGCACUACUGUGAAUCUGAUAUGAUUUUCACGGACAUUACUUACGGGUUGAGUGAUUUUGAGCGAAAAAUCGUCAUCCGGAAGGUCGAUGGGACACUCGAGACGGCUCCACAGGAGAUCCGGAAGCGUCUCAAUCAGAUCUACUUCCCACACGAAGGACGGAAGAUCCGUACACCGAAAAUGUUUGAGCCAGAAUACCUCCGGAAGUGCCUGGAUGAUCACAAAUAUGAAUUUAUCCUGGACAGAUUGACCAUCCAGUAUGAACCGUAUGAGAGGGACUUUCACGACAUCUCCAGUCAGACAUAUUUGCAUUUGAAUGAAUCCCGUGAGUUCCAGCAACUUCGAUCAACGAGACAUUUUGGCCCAAUGGCUUUCUUUCUCGCCUGGCAUCGGAUUACGGACAAUCUCCUCUUUGACACCAUCAAGAGGGAUUACCUGCUCAAUGGAGUGGAGCUGAUUGAGCUUCAAUGCCAUCUCAAUGGAUCCUCCCUCCCUGCAGAGACACUCUUCACACAAUUACGAGAUCUUACAGCUCAUGCUGAGAGAAAACUCACCCACUUCUCGCCAUCAGGAUCUCCGGAAGACACCGUCAGGCAGGAAAUUGAAAGUAAGCUGGGAAAAUCCGAGGAAGAUCUGCAAGUGGAUCGUGUUUGUCUGGAAAUCCUCAAGGAUUUCGUCAAGAAUCAUUCGCAGAAGAAAGCCCAGCUGGAAUUAGCCCUGCAGACGCAUGAGGAAAGCAAUGAGGAGAAGAGGCGCAUCCUUGAGGGUCUCAAAUCAGCCCAUGGGGUUAAUUAGUGGCAUGUUAAAGAUUAUAUAUAGUCCAGAAAGUUUAAUAAAAUCUCAUUUGAGAAGAA